AAAAAUAAAAAAGGAGAAAAAUCGGAUUGAAAUACACAAAAAAUUUAAACUAAAACCUAAGACGAUACAGCACCAAAAUCACAGCCAAUAAAUUAUUUUCUGACUUGUUGUUUCCAUUGGUCAUACAAGCAGAGCCGUGACUACGCUGUGUCGUGCGUUGAAACUACGAGUUCAGCUGCUGUGACAUAAGUGAUAUAACAUUUGACGUUUCACACUGACGGCAGCACAAUUGUCACUACAGUCCAACAUUUUCGUUCCAGAUAAUCAAACAUGAACCGCAACAGAUUUUGUAAAAUUCAAUUUUGUGAAAAUGAAUUCGGCACAAAAGACCAAACGGUCAAAUUCUUUCGGGCUCCGAUGGACGGUGAGCUCUCAAAUCAGUGGAUCGACCGAAUUUCAAAACACAAUUCAGUUGUUCCAGAUCGAGCAAAUCUGAACAUUUGUCAACAACAUUUCAGUUGGAAGACUUUAUAGCAAAACACUGCGAAUGGGUACUAAAAAAAUAUGCGGUCCCGUCAGUUUUUGGUGAAGAAGCAAAGUCAGCGAAGGAAUUGCCUAACCUGACUCCUUCCACAGAAACUAGUACAGCUUAUAAAUCAUCUCUGCAAGGCAGACGGUAUUGCAAAAUAAAAUACUGUGAACAUGAAGUGGGCACCAACAGCAAGGAAAUCUCGUUCUUUCGUGUUCCGAUGAACGGUCAAAAACGAUUGGAAUGGAUUCAGGCCAUUUCAAGGUAUCAAGAGUUUGACUUUUUCAGUCCACGUUCGUCAAUCUGCAGACAGCACUUCAAAGUCGAUGAUAUUAUAAUCAAAAAUGAGAAAUACAUUCUUAAAAAGCAAGGAUUGCCGAGCAUUUUUCCCGGAACGUCACACUUGGAUGAUGAUUCGAUGCAACCGCAACUAAUUGAUACAAAUUCAAUUCACCACGAGCUAUUGACCGAUGGCAAACGAUUCUGUAGAAUAAAAUAUUGCCCGAAUGAAAAGAGGACUAACAAAGAUGUUUCGUUCUUCAGAGCACCAAUGGUUGGUGACCUCAGAGUCCAAUGGAUUGAUAUGAUUUCGGGACAUCAACAGAAUGACACUUUCAGCACUGGUUUCAUGGUUUGCGAGUUACAUUUUCUCGCUGAACACUUUAUUGUGGAAAACGGGCGAAAAAUACUGAAGAGAGAUACAAUCCCAUCGAUUUUUGACAUUAAGCCAAAUACAUCAUCCGGUAAUCGAAAUCACUCCGUCGUUGUUCUUGAUGUAUCGUCAACAAUGAAUACUGACAGUGAAUUAUCUCAUGAUUUCACAGACUGUGAUACACCUGUAGGUGCAAACGAUAACAAUAAACUUCAUGAUUUUGAAUUUGUUAGCUUAAAUGGAAGCUAUCCCAUUAUAAAAAAUGAACCACUGGACGAAAGCACGAAUUCUGACAAAAAAAGGAUAUUUGUACCAGAAACAGUUGAAGAACACUCUUGUGCUACUCAUAAUGUAGCAAAACGAGCCAAAACUUCUGUCUUAGCGUGUGACAGUUGUGAUGAUCUUAACACGGAAUUACAGAAAGCAAGAGAGAAGAUUGUUUUACUGGAAAAAUUUAUACAAACACAAAAUAAGACGAUAAGAAGACAGCGCAAUACAAUCCUUCAAUUGCGGAAAUGAGUGAAAUAUAAUAAUGGUUAGAGCUACGCAGAAUUUGACCACAAGUCGACAUGAAUAAUUACGAAUAAAACAAAUAUUUUUGUGGUCAA